AUGGAUCAUAGUGCCACCAUGACUCCAAAACCAUCAUCUGGCAGUGUAGCCAAGAAGUCACAAAGCAAGAAGUCACAAAGCAAGAAGUCUCGAGCCAAGAAAUCUCGAGCUAAGAAGGCUCAAGCUGUGAAGAAAUCUCACAGUGUCGACCAAGGAAGUCAAACGAUUGUUCCACCCACAGAGUUCACUCUGUUCCCCAAUUUGCCACUCGAAGUACGCCGUCAAAUUUGGCGCUCCAGUUUCGAAACAGGAAGAAAAGUCGAGCUGCGAGAUGGUUACAUCCGAACCACACCACGCGGGGAGUACCUUCCUUAUGAUGCACCCUACGAGCAACGUUCCCGAGAUCGUCUUGUCUGCAUGCAACACAAGAUAUCGCCAAUCAGCCAUGUACCCGUCGCCUUCGUCAACAGGGAGAGUCGCACCGAGACACUCCGUCAUUACAUGCGACUCUACCAGGACCUUCAUGCACCCGAGCACGGCCCAAAUCUUCGGUAUCCUUGUACCAUAUAUUUCAACCCGAAGAUAGAUAUCCCGCUUUUCUACGCAAACAAACCUCAGCACAGGUUUGACAGAAUAAAUCUCUCCCUCGAGAGACUUUUCCCUUCCUACGACACACUUGCCGCCGAAGCGAUGAAGAGCAUCCGCUACGUCGAGAUUGAGUUCGCAGGAUUAUAUGAAUCCAAUCGCGAUUCAUACGACCUAGACUCAUGUCGCGAUGCGCUAUCAAUGUUUGAGAAUCUCGAAUCAGUGCUCAUUAUGAGUACCAACUUGCGUCCCAAUCCCUCGUUCGAUAUCAGAGGCUUUCUAGCCCAAUACUUCAGCCGCGACGAAAAUGACCUGAACUUGAAUAGAGCAACGCCAGUGAGAUUGAGUUACUGUUCGCCACCGCGUCAGCUUCUCGAGCUUGUAUCACCUAGUUCUCCCGAGGCACAUGCUCAAGCGGUGACCUGGAUCAAAGAGCAAUAA